AUGGAAGAAGAAGACCGGAUGUACCGGUUAAACCGCGUUGCGCAUGUGGCUGGAUUUAUCGACCAAGAGCCUGUUAGGGUUAUUAGUGGUGUGAGAAGACAACAGAAUAUGCCUUUACACGAGCGUAUCAUACCGUAUCUAGAGACGGCAGGCUUAUAUCACUUGGCUAGGCUGAACAGUCAGUGGUUCUGGGUUGAUGAGCCUCUACUUAGCGCAUUCAUUGAGAGGUGGCGUCCUGAGACCCACACAUUUCACAUGCCCUUUGGGGAGUGUACGGUCACCUUGGAGGACGUGGCCUAUCAGCUGGGUUUACCGAUUGAUGGUGAGCCUGUGAGUGGGUGCCUUAGUGAGUUUGAGAAUUUCAUGGAAAAUGGAAGACCGGCAUGGGUGUGGUUCCGUGAGCUGUUUGGGGAGUUACCUCCGCAGAAUAAAGUGAAGCAGAUGACAGUGUGCUACACAUGGUUCCAUGAGCGGUUUCGGGUUUUGCCAGCAGAUGCUACUGAGGACAUCGUGCGUAUAUACGCGAGGGCCUAUAUUAUGAUGCUGUUGUCAUCUCAGCUGUUUGCGGACAAGAACGCCAACCGUGUCCACCUUCGCUGGUUGCCUUAUGUGGCAUCGUUGGAUGACUUGGGUAGAUAUAGCUGGGGCUCGGCCGCGCUGGCGUGGUUGUACAGAUGUCUUUGUCGUGGAACAAACAGAAAUGUUGUCAACUUGGCUGGGCCACUUCAGCUUCUACAGUCUUGGAUCUUCUGGAGAUUUCCUUGUCUGAGGCCAAGUGAUUUCAACAGAUUCGGGUUUCCACUUGCAUCCAGGUGGGCUCAGUAUCUACCGAGGAACGAUGCAGUAGAUCAGAGAGUGGUGGCUGCACGCCUUUCUUUGGAUAGAUUGCGUGUGCAUGAUAUCGUGUGGGAGCCCUAUUCCACUCCGGAUGUCGCGUAA